GGAGAAGCCCGUGUUUGGUUCUCAGAGAGUGAGUCCUUUGGGAAGAGUCACAAAGCGUUUCAGCCUCCGAGAGGGAGAGAGGGAGCGGAGAGUCGAGAGAGAGAGAGAGAGAGAGAGAGGGAGUCAUCCGCAGGAAAGCAGCGCUGCUCUGGACACUCGGCACCCGUCCCGUCCCGGACCGGACCUGGACCAGACCACUGGGCCGAAGGGGCACGAGGAAGAAAUACCAGUGUCAGACAGUGAUGACAUCUGGUCUAGGUGCGAGUUGAUCUCUGUUGUUCUCCGUGACAGCUCCAACUGUGGCUCUCCGCGCGCACCGGGAGGGACUUUUUCCGCACCUUUCCGCACCGGGUCAGUCCGCGUCCUGGCGACUUACAUUCGCAGUUCAAAGUGACUCACAUGCUGGAUCCUACUCUUCAGGGGCGAUCUCCCCCUCGGCUGUAGCACCCGCUUCCUCGCCAGGACUAGAAUUAAAGGAAUAAAGAGUUCACCGCUUGUUGUGUUUCUUUGGCGGAGCGCGCACGGCGGCGGCGGCGGCGGCGGCGAAGAGCGCACCCGCGUUCCUCCGCUCGAAUCGGGGUGAGAGAUCAGGAGAACAAGUGCACGGCGAGGCGAGGCGGGGAGAGAGACCCGAGAGAUUGAAGAGGUAUACAGGCACCAAGCUUCGGAGGUUUGUUAAUGUUCGGGAUCCAGGAGAGCAUCCAGAGAAGCGGCAGCAGCCUGAAGGAGGAGCCGCUGGGAGGCAUGAACGCUGUCCGGGGAUGGAUGCAGGGGGGCGGCGUGCUGGACGCCAACACGGCCGCCCAAAGUGGAGUGGGCCUGGCCCGGGCUCACUUUGAGAAGCAGCCGCCCUCCAACCUGCGGAAGUCCAACUUCUUCCACUUCGUCCUGGCUCUGUACGACCGCCAGGGUCAGCCGGUGGAGAUCGAGAGGACCAACUUCGUGGACUUCAUCGAGAAGGAGAAGGAGACGAGCGGGGAGAAGACCAACAACGGGAUCCAUUACCGGCUGCAGCUUCUUUACAGUAACGGCAUCAGAACCGAGCAGGACUUUUACGUUCGACUCAUCGACUCCAUGACUAAACAGGCGAUUAUUUAUGAAGGCCAAGACAAGAACCCAGAGAUGUGCAGAGUGCUGCUGACACAUGAGAUCAUGUGCAGUCGGUGCUGCGACAAGAAGAGCUGUGGAAACCGGAAUGAGACCCCCUCAGACCCUGUUAUCAUCGACAGAUUCUUCCUCAAGUUUUUCCUGAAGUGCAACCAGAACUGUUUAAAGAAUGCGGGGAACCCGCGGGACAUGCGGAGGUUUCAGGUGGUGGUAUCGACCACGGUGAGUGUGGAGGGACAUGUCCUGUCAGUGUCCGACAACAUGUUCGUCCACAACAACUCCAAACAUGGCCGACGGGCCCGCAGGCUCGACCCCGUGGAAGGAACGGCAUCUUACUUAGAACAUGGAUCAGCUCCCUGCAUUAAAGCCAUCAGCCCCAGCGAGGGGUGGACCACAGGGGGCGCUACAGUUAUCAUCAUCGGAGACAACUUCUUUGAUGGCCUCCAAGUCAUUUUCGGUACCAUGCUGGUUUGGAGCGAGUUGAUCACACCGCACGCCAUCCGGGUGCAGACGCCUCCCAGACACAUUCCUGGGGUCGUCGAGGUCACUCUGUCUUACAAGUCUAAACAGUUCUGCAAGGGCACACCGGGAAGGUUCAUAUAUACAGCGCUGAAUGAACCAACCAUCGACUACGGCUUCCAGAGGCUCCAGAAAGUCAUCCCUCGGCACCCGGGCGACCCGGAGAGGCUUCCGAAGGAGGUUAUUCUGAAGAGGGCAGCCGACCUGGUAGAAGCCCUUUACGGUUUGCCCCAUAAUAACCAGGAGAUCAUCCUGAAGCGUGCAGCCGACAUCGCGGAGGCUCUCUACAGCGUUCCCCGGGGACACACCCAGCUCUCCGGCUCCGCCCACUCCGGCAUGAUGGGGGUCAACUCUUUUUCCGGGCAGCUGUCCGUCAACGUCUCCGAACCUACACAGGCCAAUCAGGGUUUUGUGCGCAGCAGCAGCAGUGUGUCUCCUCACGGUUAUGUGCCUAGCUCCACGCCUCAGCAGACCAGUUACUCCUCAGUCACCAGCACCAUGAACGGCUACGCUAACAACGCGGGCAUGACCAACCUGGGAGGCUCGCCCACUUUCCUCAACGGCUCCGCCGCCAACUCGCCUUAUGCCAUCGUCCCGUCCAGUCCCACCAUGGCCUCCUCCACCUCCCUCCCCUCCAACUGCUCCUCCUCCUCUGGCGUCUUCUCCUUCUCCCCGGCCAACAUGGUGUCGGCGGCAGUUAAGCAGAAGUCCGCCUUCGCUCCAGUGGUCAGGCCCUCCUCUUCCCCUCCGCCCUCGUGUACCAGCGCCAACGGCAACGGGCUCCAAGAUCAGACAUUUGUGGACUCUAGCAAGUACUCAACAGCCAGCUCUCUACAAGGCCUGGCCUUCACCUGAACAAUCCCUGGAAUGAUUGUCCCACCCAUGUAAAGGUGUGAGUACAUGACUGUGUGUGUGUGUGUGUGUGUGUGUGUGUGUGUGUGCGUGCGUGUGCGUGUGCGUGCAAACUGUGUGAACCAAGAUGAACAAAGCACACUCACACCGAUCCUGGCGGAGGAUUCCGGUGGGAGUCAGACUCCGGUCGGGGAUGGAAGCAGCUGUCCCUAUCUGAAGGAACAAACCCAACUCAGGCCCUUUCUAACACGAAAAAAAAAAAAAACAACUGCAAGAAAAGAAAUGUUUGCGAGGAAAUAAGUUGUUUAGACUUUGUACACCUUGAUGCUUUUAAAGGAGAAUGGCCACGCCUACGUCACGACUCUCCACGGACACUGGAAGUGUAUUUAUUUUGGAGAGAAUCCACUUCCUCCCUUGAGUGAUUGUUUAAUUUGUUUUCUUUCUUUUUUCUGUGCAAACAACAGUGAACGUGUGAUAAUCAUCUUCCAACUGUGUAUCCCACACGAGGGAUUUUUCUAUUUAUGAAGUUUGGUCGUCAAUGAAGGAGUAUAAUGUGAAGAAAACCUAACGAUGAUGGUGUUUUGAAGAUGGGUAAAAAUCAAUUGUGAUGAUGAUGAUGAUGAUGAUGAUGAAGAGGCUGCAGGAUUAACACAGGGUCAAAUCCAGCAGACAGACAAGCCAAACCAAACCAGACACACACUUUCACUUUUCUUUGCCAAAUUCACACACAGCAGCACAAACACCCUGAGUGAGACUGAGAGCUCUUCCUCUUCCUUCGACUGCAUCCAAUCGAUCAGCGCGAAGGAUUCAAAGGCGUCCCGCCUGCGACUGACGCCGCAGUUGCUUCAUGUCCAGCUCCUGUGUGCUACAUUUUGUGAAAAGUGCAAAUCUGCCUUUCAGCGAACGGAGAAGGAAAUUCAGUUGCAUAAUCAAACCAAGUAGUACCAAACAGUAGGUAGUAAUCAUUCUCACUGCAGCGCGCAUCCAGGUCCAAUAUUAAUCUUAGCUUACAGUAAAAAGUUUGUAAAUUCAUGACGCUCCUGUGAUGACUGGAUGCCGACAGCGGCUUCACUUUUGAGGAUUUGACCCAACAACUCCGCCGAUGAUUCUGUCCAUCGGUCCCGUCACCGCGUGAUGUGUUUUAGAAAUGGACAUAGCCACGGCGACCCCCGUAAAAAGGGGGAACACGUCUUAAAGACUGCUGCCAUUUUGACUUUGAUUGACUUUGGUGUGAGAUCUGCCUUCUUACGUAUUUCAUGUUUUCGUCUUAACUCCCUCUUUUGGUUUGCUGUGAUUUAAUCUUUUAGUAUUUUUUUUGCUGUGUUUAGAAAGCCAAUCAGAUCUGGUUCAGUUGAACAAUUUGAGUGAGAAAUACUAGCCAAUGGUGUGUCUUAAACUCUGCGCUGCAAGAAUUGUCAAGUCGUUAAAUCUCUAGAGAAAAGAAAAAAAAAAUCCUACUUAUGUGAAAACAUUGUUCACUGACGUACACGUGUACUUUUUUUCUUUGACAGUGCAACUGUAUUAAUUGCAUCCCGUUUUUUGCACAUAUUUUCUGAAGAAGUAAAAGUUGAAUUUCCAUGUCCAUAAAGGACAGUUUUUGCAGUGCAGGACAACUUGCCAGCAACAUGUCUUAAAUCUGCAGAAUUGUGGAAACUCCCUGAUGGUUUGUUGUGAACGUCACUGCUCCCUCAGCCCUGCAGUCUGAGCUGACACCCCAGCGUGUGAUUCAAUAGUCUUAAUGCAUUUCAUUUAUGUUCUUUUACUUUUGCCAAAGCCCUUAUGUACAUGCGUUAAUGCCGAAACAGUCUUAUGCCACAGUUUUGCUGCUGUUCAACACGUCUUUUUUUUUUUUUUUCUUUUUUUUUCCCACGCAGUCCGAACCAGUAAGCCAAGAAUGCUAUUUUAUGUGCAACUGUACAAUGCUGUAUAAGAGCAUCAUUUUUCAGAUUUCAGAUCAGCCACAAGUAGAAACAAUUCUAAACAUUUAUUUGUAUUCUUUACUGGACAGAAAACCUAACUAACCCAACUACACCUAUCAAAAACUGUGAUGAAGGAACAGGGUCAUUAUCAAGAAGAUGAAAAAUGACAGGAAUCAACUCAAAACUCACAUCCUUGACUAUGUUCUCUUUCACAUUGUCUGUGUAAGGAUUUGAAUGUUGUUGUCUCAUUUGUAUCAUAGUGUCUGUUUAUUAAAAGCCAUACUUCCACUGCUCAUUUCAAUCAAACUAAAAGACGCCACGGUGUAUUAUUUUUUUUUUUAAAAUCAUUUCUAAGCUGAGAAAGCAGGAGGUUGUUUUUCAUUUUGUAUCAUUAUCGUUAAAGUUUGCAUAAUUUUGUUGCAGUAUCUAGACGUAGAAUUAGUCGAUAUGAGUAUCUGUGUUUGUCUUCCAUGUGAUGGAUUUUAAGAUGGAAUAAUGAAGGCUGAAAGAGAUGGAAGCGGAAAAAAAGAACGUCUCUUUCUCUCUCCUUUCCCCUGCAGCCACUUCUCUUGCUCCAGUCGGGUGUUCUGUCCUCUCUCUCUGCUCCAUCCCUCUGUUCAUUUCCCUCCCCCUCCUUGUUUUGAAUGUGCUAUUAAUACCCUGUAUGUUUGCCUUCUGCUUUUUCCUUGACUUCACUUUCCCUUUAGAAAUGAGCCACCUAUUUAUUUGAUCUCAAACAUGGGUCUGGAGACCACUCUUCUGUUCGUGUCUACAUGUGAGCAUGUCUGCAGGUGUGUGUGUGUGUGUGUGUGUGUGUGUGUGUGUGUGCGUAUGUGUGUGUGUGUGUGUGUGUGUGCGUGUGCGUGUGUGUGUGUGUGUCAUCAUUUUUCCUUUAAAAGAAAAACGUGAUGUUUUAAAGUUGAGGGAUGAUGUUUUUUUUAAAUAUAGUACAUAGUUUAAAUACCUGUACAGGAAGGAGUGAAUAAAGGUUUUGGCAUAAUGAAGUAUGAUGAAGCACUUGUCCAACAAAAGUUCAAACAUUUAUCGCGGCUUGUCUGGAUUCAGGCUUAGAGUGGUGGUCAUCAUUCACACACAUUAUCAGCAGUAUCAGUGUGGAGGGGAAGAGUACAGAGGAAACUACUGUAAAGAUGAUAAUGUUGAUUUUUUUUUGUUAUUAUUAUUGUUUUGAACUUUGAAGUGUAAAGUAACUUUUUGACUCUUCACUAUAUUUAAUUAAAGUUCUUUCUUCUCUGU